GUCAAAAUGUCAGACAAAAGUGACUUAAAAGCAGAACUUGAGCGCAAAAAGCAGCGUUUGGCCCAGAUAAGAGAAGAGAAGAAGCGAAAGGAAGAAGAGAGGAAGAAGAAAGAGGCUGAUCUACAGCAGAAGAAGGAGCCAGCUCAGGAAGAUUCUGACUUAGACCGCAAAAGAAGAGAGACAGAAGCUUUGUUACAGAGCAUUGGUAUAUCCCCAGAACCACCUCUAGUCCCAACCCCUAUGUCUCCCUCUUCGAAAUCAGUGAGCACACCCAGUGAUGCAGGCAGCCAGGACUCUGGAGAUCUGGGACCCAUGGGAAGGACCCUGCAAUGGGACACAGACCCCUCAGUGCUGCAGCUCCAGUCUGACUCUGAACUUGGACGCAGACUGCACAAACUAGGUGUGUCAAAGAUUACCCAGGUUGAUUUCUUACCUCGGGAGGUGGUGUCCUACUCCAAGGAGACCCAGACACCUCUUGCCACACAUCAGUCUGAAGAGGAUGAAGAUGAUGAAGAGAUGGUAGAACCAAAAGCGCAAGAUGACUUGGAGAUGGAAAAUCAAGACCAGAAGCAGGAAGUAAAGGAAGCUCCUCCUAGAGAAUUGACAGAAGAAGAAAAACAGCAAGUUCUCCAUUCAGAAGAAUUCCUGAUAUUUUUUGACCGGACAAUACGUGUAAUUGAGCGAGCUUUGGCUGAAGAUUCAGACAUAUUCUUCGACUACAGUGGCAGAGACGUAGAAGAGAAAGAUGGAGAUGUUCAAGCAGGAGCCAACCUUUCCUUUAAUCGUCAAUUUUAUGAUGAGCAUUGGUCAAAGCAUCGUGUAGUCACCUGUAUGGAUUGGUCUCUUCAGUACCCCGAAUUGAUGGUUGCUUCUUACAACAAUAAUGAAGAUGCUCCCCAUGAGCCUGAUGGGGUGGCCUUGGUCUGGAACAUGAAAUUCAAGAAAACCACACCAGAAUAUGUUUUCCAUUGUCAGUCCUCUGUGAUGUCCGUCUGUUUUGCCCGCUUUCACCCAAACCUGGUUGUUGGUGGGACAUACUCUGGCCAGAUUGUCCUGUGGGAUAAUCGCAGUCACAGGCGGACUCCAGUUCAGCGAACGCCCUUAUCUGCAGCUGCUCACACGCAUCCUGUGUAUUGUGUCAACGUAGUUGGAACACAGAACGCGCACAAUCUCAUUACAGUCUCUACGGAUGGCAAAAUGUGCUCCUGGAGCCUGGAUAUGCUCUCAACUCCACAGGAGAGCAUGGAGCUGGUGUACAAUAAGUCCAAACCAGUGGCGGUUACAGGAAUGGCUUUCCCAACUGGAGAUGUCAAUAACUUUGUUGUUGGCAGUGAAGAGGGGACAGUCUACACAGCUUGUCGUCAUGGCAGUAAAGCUGGCAUUGGUGAAAUUUUUGAAGGCCACCAAGGACCUGUCACAGGAAUCAAUUGUCACAUGGCAGUGGGUCCAAUUGACUUUUCUCAUCUCUUUGUCACAUCAUCAUUUGACUGGACAGUCAAGUUGUGGACCACAAAGCACAACAAGCCGCUCUACUCCUUUGAAGACAAUGCCGACUAUGUCUACGACGUCAUGUGGUCGCCCGUGCACCCCGCGCUCUUCGCCUGCGUUCCCACAGCCAGCGUGACAAUUGAAGGAGCUUCUGCCCUCAACCGUGUCCGCUGGGCCCAGGCUGGGAAGGAGGUAGCAGUUGGUGAUUCAGAAGGCCGCAUAUGGAUCUAUGAUGUUGGAGAGUUGGCUGUUCCGCACAACGACGAAUGGACCCGUUUUGCUCGGACCCUGGUGGAAAUCCGCGCCAACCGGGCAGACAGCGAGGAGGAAGGGGCAGUGGAGCUAUCAGCCUAGAGGAAGAAAUUGAGCAGCGGCCACCGUGGUCAGAACAGCAGUUUUCCCUGUUGAGUAUGCCGAUGUUCAGUGUCAAAGUCAGUCUUGCUGUGGCUUUCGAUGCCAGUUUACAUGCCAGUACUGCUCAAAGCAUUCCGUAUUAAUCACACUGCUUUACACAAGGCUGAAAACAUCCAGAGCAUUUUCAUACUUUAUAUUUCUGUCUGAAAAGUAAGAAAGAAAAGACAAAUCAAACCUUUAUGGGUUUAGUUGUUGCCUUUUAACUACUUAGUAGCUGUAUUUAAUAGCUAGGAACCCCUGGUUAAACUUGUGCUCACAUUGCCCUUCUGGCAUAGUCCUAUUAAAUCCAUAUGAAGCCAGAUAUGAUUAUGUGCAGAUGUGGUGUGCUUCACUGUAUGGGACUGGGCCAAAGACUUUAGAUGUGGUGUUUCACAUGGUGACUUACAUUAUGAAUGGAUGUACUAUACGAAAGUUGCUGCUCCUUAUUUAUUGCGGUGUGCUGCAUGGAACAUAUUUAUUUGAAAGCAUUAAAAUAAACGAUCCUAAAGCAUGUGCAUAAUGAGAGAACUGCAUUGUCUGUGUGCUGCUGUAGAGGUUACAUUAAAGUCCACAUAACAAUUACAGUACAUCAGUUGUGCUAAAGACGUAAGAUCUGUAAAGGUUGGCUUGAAUGGAUGAAAUGACUUUCCUUUCCUUUCUUUUUUUUAAAUGCCUAUUAUUUCUAGGCACCUAAACAAUAUUUCAAAUACAGUUGGUUGCUGAUACUUGUCAUGCAAGUUAACACUAACAGUCUGACAAAGGGUUGUGGUUCCUGAGUAUGACACUAGUAUUGCCAAUAAAAUGUAUCAAGCCCAUUC